GAAGGUUGAAGGCAUUUUGGUGGCCUGUAGGGAUUUGAAAAGAGAGGAAAGCAGAUUGAAUUCACUUUCCAUGGCUUCGUCUCUUCUCUGUCCAUCUCUGAUAGUCCCUCUUAAUUCAAAAAGGAGAAACCAUGUUGGCAUCAAUGCCAUAUCUAUGAACAUUCCAUCGACUAAAAGUUACCCGCAAAUUGCGAGAUGUCAGAAAAAGGAUAGAUGUUUACAGGCAAAAGCCACUAUGUCCAUUGCAGGAGAAGUACUUGUGAGAGAAUCUAAUGAUGCUGUUGACAGUGAUGGAAUUGGAAUUGUUAGCAUCCACCAUGUUGGACUGCUGUGUGAAAACCUUGAAAGGUCCCUAGAGUUCUAUCAAAAUCUUUUGGGUCUCAAGAUAAAUGAAGCAAGGCCUCAUGAUAAGCUUCCAUAUAGAGGUGCAUGGCUCUGGGUGGGUUCUGAAAUGAUUCAUUUGAUGGAGCUUCCAAAUCCUGACCCUUUAACUGGGCGUCCUGAGCAUGGUGGUCGCGAUCGUCAUACUUGUAUUGCAAUUAGAGAUGUGUCCAAGCUAAAAGUCAUUUUCGAUAGAGCUGGUAUACCAUACACUCUCAGCCGGUCUGGGAGGCCAGCAAUAUUUGCACGAGACCCAGAUGCGAAUGCCUUAGAAUUCACUCAGGUUGAAGAUUAACUUAUUUCAAUAUCAGAAGCAUGAAAUUGUAACAUCAUAUACCUUUCUAUGUCUUCCUCAGUCACUGUUUGAUCCUGUAAAUAAAUAGUACACAAUACACU